GCGAAAAAGAGAGAUGAUGAGAGUAGACUUAGACGCAGAUGAAGACGUUUUCUACUGAACUUUAGACUAGUACAAGAUCAUGAUCAAGAGACGAUGGAUUUUCUUUGCUAGCAAAAGAUAGUUUGAACAUUUUCCAUAACCAUACCUCUGAAACAAAAAUUUGUAGUACUAUCAUCAAGUAGAUUGAUAUACCACAACCACGUCGCCUGCUCAAAAGAGAGAGAAGUAUAAAAUAUAUAAGUAAGUUGUACAAGAACACACUUCUACUGCGUACUACGUCUAUCUCGUAGUUUCUUGUACUUGCACAAGAGCACCUCCACCAGCAUCUUCUAGAUCUACGUCUACCACGUCUACGUCCUCCACAUCUAGGACCUACGUCUACGUCCCCUGCGUCUACCAAGCAACACAACAACAAAAUGGAGCACAUCAACACACCACCUCCUGCCAUCGCACCGGCAGCAGGCCAAUGGGGAAGUGCAGGAGCGUAUACGGCACCAUGCAGCAGGAGCUGGCCUCACCAAUGGGGAAGUGCAGGAGCGUAUACGAAUACAUCGACGUAUACAGCUGCGACUGCACAGGGUAUGGGGAGUAACAUUAUGACACUGAAGUUGUAAGUUGGUUUCAUGUCUAUGCUUCACCAUCCAACAUCAAGUACGUCGAUAACAGUUCAACACUGAAACUACAGUGUUCUCCCAUAAUUGACAGAAAAACAAUUUCUCCAGUGCGAACCAACCUCUCUUCAACCCAACCCGCCCAUCUCUAACUUCCCCUCCAGCAAUCCACCAGCCGGAGCCGCCAAGACGUUCUACGUUGAAUCCGAGACGCGACUUUUCAUUGGUGCGAUGGGUCCCAACAUUCAAGAGAAGGAUUUGCGCAGCUAUUUUUCGACCUUCGGAGCCAUCACAGAGUGCAACUUGAAGGCAGAUUUGAACUCCGGAAAGAGCAAGGGCUACGCUUUCAUCAGCUUUGAAGAUCGUACUUGUUCUUCUUUCAUGUUGAAUGAGUAUGAUGUUGAUAUUUAUUUUUGUGCUGAUUGAUACUGUAACUUUUGUUGUUGUUUGAUGUUGAAUGAUCAUGUUGAUGUUUUUAUGCUAAAACUAACUUCCUUCUUGUGAUGUUGAAUGAUCAUGUUGAUGUUUUUAUGCUAAUACUAGCUUCUACUUCUUGUAGGUCGCAAAAUUUUAGGGAAGCAUCCUUGCAUGUCCAUCUUGAUCUAAGAUGAAGAUGAAAAAAGACCGAAAAGUACGCUCAGGUUAUGCACUGUUGCUUUCUACUCCUCACAACAGCCGAAGCCAUCCGAGCAGUACUGGAUCCGCGAAAUUUGCCGCAUAGACUGCAAGACAAGGUUUUGGACGUAAAACGUGCGAUGGAAAUUGCGGAAACGGAUGUGGUACUUACUUUCUAGAAGUACAGCCUAAGCAAAAAUAUCAAGAUAUAUGAUUCAUGCUGACGUCAAGAACAUCAUAGGACUCUUUAUCUCUCCAAUCGCAAGUUCUAUCCUCCAAACUACAGACAACGUCCCAGAAAAUUUUUGUCGGCGCUUUGCCGGAAAGUUGCACUAGUGAGAAAUUGAAGAAUUACUUCUCGAAAUACGGACCCAUUACUUUAAGGCUUCUUACAACCACAUUUUUGCAUUCUUCACUACCAUUGAAUAGUUCUGGUAUUUGGUAGCCUGAUUUUGAUCAUAAGGAAAACAAGAAGAGAAUCCUUGUGAUCAAAUUCAGGCUACCAAAUACCGGAACCAUUCAGCCACCCUUACCUUGCUUUCCCGUACUAGGGAAGGGGUGAAGGAUGACCUGAAGAAUGCAAUGGGACACCCUCUAAUUACUGGCGCAGUAGUCAUCACGGACCACGAGACGAAUCAAAGUCGUGGUUUCGGCUUCGUAAACUUCCGCAAUCCGCAAUCAGUGACCAAAUGCUUGGAUGAGUACUUUUCCUGUUGUGAUCAUUGUUUCUUGACCAAAUGCUUGGAUGUUGAGUACUUUUCUUGUUGAUUCAUUCUACUUGUUGUGGAGGAGGAGGUUUUUGGAUGCUCAUGCUUUGUUAUGGAGGAGGUUUUUGGAUGCUACUCCUACUUAAUGUAGCUCUGAGCAUAUGCAAAUCUAUUAAUUCAGUUAUCACGAACAUUUCCUGGAUGACAAGUGGGUUGAAACCAAAUGCUGCUUGCCGCGUGAGGGUGGUCAGCGAUCACGUCCGACUGGCAGACCAGGAGGUACUUCUACUCUUAUGAAGUAGAAAUUCUUUUUUAGAAAGUCUUUUUCUUACUUGUUUAUUCAACUACACGAACAAUCUGCGUGGUUUUGAAGAUGAUUAGAAGAUCCGUCGAUAUCGAACUUCCCGCCGAAAUCUACGUCGAUAUCUUCUUUCCUUUAUUGACAUUCACUCACAAAUACGCAUUCACAUCAUUCAAAGUCAAACACCACUGAUAUUUUCCUCACAGGUGUCUCGACCGAGCCUACACCCUCCCUCUUGGUCCCAUCCCCACCGUGGGCUAGGGGAAUCAUGGCGGCGACGCGUACAAGAAAAUACCCGGACUACAGUGCGUACUCUCAUGCUGAUGCAUAUGGAGGUGGGGGUAUGCUGUAUUAAGUACUUCUACUAGCUGUACUAGAGGUAGAGCUAGAGGUGGUAGUUUUUUGGACAAGGAGGCGUACGUGUAUAGAAGAUUAGAUAGUCCUGCAGGGUCAUAAUGCAAUGGUGUACAGGAGCAAUAGGUAGAAAGCAAAAUGAGACAGAAAUUUUCAUGCUAAAGGAGUGUUACAAGAACUAAUACCAAUGUACUAGUAGCUGAUCAUGUAGUUUUCUUGACGAAAAAUGUUGACAUAAGUACAUAGAUCAGGCCAGAUAUGAUGGAAGCGAUGGGGGUAAUUGAGUUAUGAUAUGAACAGCAUGAUCAACUACAUCUCAAUUAUGAAAAAUGCUUGUCACAACGGAAGCUGCAUACUAAAAUGAACUCGUAUCGAAGAUAAUGCAUCAACGAAGCUUUACAACUUACUCGUGUACUUGUACAGUCGGUGUCAUGGAUGUAGUAAAGGAGCAUGAAGAAGUCUACUCACGACAAUGAUGGGUUAUGUUUUCAUCAUUUUACCAUACGGACCCAAAAUCACAGUUUUGUCUCAUUCUCAUAACAUCGUUUCUAAGAAAAAAGAUGUUGAGCAUAAUAAUGACCACGAUCGACAUAAGUAAUUUUCUAGGCUAUCGACAUAAGUAAGUUUUUUGUUUUUGUAGGUGGCUGGGUGGCAAGGACAAUUUUUACUAGUAGGGAUACUGAAAAAAAUAUAGAGUUUAUGUAGGAGGUUAAGUAGUUGUAGUAGUCAGCGUCAGCUUGAGUAUCAGUAUGGGGUAUGGUACACAACGACAAACAUACGAAGGGGUGAUGGUAAGAGUUUCAAGAAACUGAAAAUGACAUCGUGAUUGCAGGACGCCGGCAACACAUUUUAGAUUUCAUCUAGUCAUUUUUGUGCAUGUUUUGUUCUGCGUUAUGGCUCCGGGCAGCACGUGGGACGACUAGUUGGGUUUUUAGUUUCGGUCUUCAUAAUGCACGUUUAUUUCAGACUAAGUAGGUAGAAGUUAGGUCAUGCCUACAUCGGGUGGUCACGAGGGUAGUUGUGUAAUUGUCAUAAUAUGAGUAAAUAGCAUACGACAGAUCGAAGUUACUAGUUCGAGUUACAUCGAUGUGCCAGUUAGGACCGUGUUUUGUACAGUGUAGAUUAGUUUUAGGACCACAAGUUGCGUGCUGCUAACGUCCACAUUUCGGAGUAUUUGUUUCUAGAACCAAAAAAAACGAAUGUUCAAAGGCUGAAGUCUGUCUUCCACCCUUGUGGUUGAGCUUUUUUUUGUCGGUUGCACCUGUUGAAUUGGCUUUCCUGUUGGCUUUAUGGUCGGACCUUCUAUCAGCCGUCUAUCUUUGAGUGUGGAGAGAACAUUGCUUGUGCAC